AACAAAUCCUAGGGGCAAAAAGAAAGCCUCCUUACGUUCCACUAAGGUCUGCGCGCGUCCGUUUUUAUAAAUUUUUCCCUUCUUUGGUUAAGCCCUUGUUUCGAUAUCUUGCCGCAAUGUUGGAUGGUCGGGAAUGAACAACUUUGAUCCUUUUAAUGUUCGUCGCAGCUCGGCAUUCGACAUUUUGCGCGCCACUGCUUCGAUAGCACCCGGUCCUACUUCUGCCACCACACAUCAAACCACCAGUUCCGGCCAAAGAGAUCAUAAGGCCAGUGAGGCCGCUCUCGAGGGCCCAAGGCUGAACGACGACAUGUCAUUCUCCAUACCCCCUAACGUGCCGAACUUUUCGAGUGCAGAGAGACGAUACGAAAAUGGGCAGUGGGAAAGCUCGGGGAGAACGCACCGCCAGACACAUGCUACUCAGGGGCUCGGCGCUACCAUAGGCGGUCUGUUUGAGCAAAGGGAUCUCCCCAUGUAUAAAGAUAAACCAUUCAAAUCGUCUUCAGGACUACGAGUGCCCUCUUUCCGGAAAAAGAGGUUCGUAGCCGGAGCCGUCGUGUUGGUCUUUGGGUUGCUAUAUUGGCUGGGGCUCUUCUCCGAAUCUUCGACUCUAUCACUUGGAGAAAGCAAGAGCGAUAAGUCGGCGUGGAGAUGGCUGUCGAAAUCAAGUCAAAAACAAUCAGUUGUUGAUUGGGAGCGCAGAAGAGAAUUUGUCAAAGAGGCUUUCACGCUUAGCUGGGAUGCAUACGAACGAUAUGCGUGGGGAUUUGACGAAUUUCAUCCUGUUUCGAAGACGAAAAGGCAAAUGGGACCCAAUGGUUUAGGUUGGAUUAUCGUCGACAGUUUAGAUACCUUGAUCCUCAUGAACUUGACUUCACGACUCUCGCAUGCUCGGGAAUGGGUAUCAACCACCCUUACGUACGACCAAGACCAAGAGGUGAACACUUUUGAAACAACCAUUCGCAUGCUUGGCGGGUUGCUCUCCGCGCAUUAUCUCUCCAACGAGUACCCAGACUUGGCCGCCCUUCCAGACUCCGCAGCAGGCGCGCCUGGGGAGGACCUCUUCCUCGAAAAGGCAUCUGACCUUGCAAAUCGGCUCCUCGGUGCUUACGACUCACCCUCUGGUAUUCCAUACGCAAGUGUGAACCUCCGUACGAUGGCAGGUAUUCCUUCUCAUAAUGACGGCGGUGCAUCUUCAACUGCCGAAGCUGCAAGCCUGCAGCUCGAAAUGAAAUAUUUGGCGAAGCUUACUGGCGAGAAAGACUACUGGGACAAGGCGGAGAAGAUCAUCAAAGUGAUUGACGACAAUCAAAUGGAGGACGGCCUGCUUCCGAUCUUCAUAUAUGCAGAUCAAGGAACGUUUCGUGGAGACAAUAUUCGGCUCGGCAGCCGUGGCGAUUCGUAUUAUGAGUAUCUCAUCAAACAAUACUUGCAAACCUCCAAGCAAGAGCCCAUCUACCAGGAGAUGUGGGAUGAGUCUCUUGCCGGUAUUCGAAAGCAUCUCAUCACCUAUUCCAAACCCUCUAAUCUGACAAUCCUUGCGGAGAGGCCCAACGGACUGAAGCAACCGUUGUCGCCAAAGAUGGACCACCUUGUCUGUUUCAUGCCUGGUACAAUCGCCCUCGCCGUCACUGGAGGCCUUAAAGAAGCAGAAGCUAGAGCAUCGCCUUUUUGGGGUCCAAAGCAAGAGCAGGAGAUGGAGCUCGCCAAGGAACUCAUGAGAACUUGCUGGGGCAUGUAUAAGAUCACGGAAACCGGCCUUGCUCCGGAAAUUGCUUAUUUCAAUAUAUACGACCCCCCUGUAAUGGAGAACACGGUUGAUGAGAAGGCGAGAAAAUCCAUUGAUGAUGAUCGCCGUUGGCGUGAAGAUUAUGUUAUCCACUCGAUGGAUGCGCAUAAUCUGCAACGGCCAGAGACAGUUGAGAGUCUUUUCUACAUGUGGAGAAUCACGGGAGAUGUCAAAUACCGACAGUGGGGCUGGGAAAUCUUCAAAGCGUUUGUGUCACAUUCCGCCGUCUUCGACGGUGCUGGUUUCACAAGUCUCGCCAAGGUGACGGAAGUACCGGCUCCUCAGCGCGAUAACAUGGAAAGUUUCUGGCUGGCCGAGACGUUGAAGUACCUCUAUCUUCUUUUCUCUCCGGAUGACCUUCUUCCUUUGGAAAAGGUUGUAAUCAACACAGAGGCACACAUUUUCCCUCGCUUUGAGCUUGGUAAUCUCUUCAAGACGGGCUGGACCCGCCAACAUCGCAACUCUCCGGAGCCUUCCGCAGAAGUGAAAAAGUCGCAACCUGUACAGGUGCGUUCAUUCUCUGGAUGAGGCUUUAUCAUUACUUUCUCUAUACUGGCUCUUUAGCCGUGUUGCAUAAUUCUAUACCCCGCCCCCGAGCUGGGGGUUGGUAACCGCCUGAAGAGUAAGGGAGAAGAAACGGUUGCAGUAUUAUAUAUAGCUUUUUUUUUUCACGUUUUUAUCAAAACGCAGGUGGGAAUCUCAUUGAACACCGCAUCUUUUGUACAAUAAUUGUUGCAGUAAGAGCAUAAGCAUUGCGCACUUUAGGAAUGGAGGGCAUUCAACUGGCCGUGCCGUCGAGCACCGGC